AUGUUCAACGCGCUCAACCGAUUCAUGUCCCGCCUGGAUGGUGGUGACACCCCGCAAGGCCACCAAGAGCAAGGGUCGUUUGGCUUCCAGGUGCUGCGAAACACAAAUUUGCAGUUGGCGGUCGAGCCGUGGUUUGACUUUCUAGUUGGAAUCAAUGGACGCCCGAUUGACAACCCAGACCCGAGCUUAUUUGCUCAAGAAGUACGAAAUUGUGCCGGCGGCAGUGUAUCGUUAGGUAUCUGGAGUGCCAAGGGACAACGAACGCGAGAGAUGCACAUCCCCGUCCCAGCUGACACAGGCUCGCUCGGCCUCUCCCUCCAGUAUACGCCAUUGGCCCUCGCCGCUAAUAUCUGGCACGUCCUCGACGUCCCCGCCAACUCGCCCGCCGACCUCGCGGGCCUCCUCCCCUACAGCGACUACAUCCUGGGCAGCCCCGAGGGCGCGCUGCACGGCGAAUCGGCGCUCGGCGAGCUCGUCGAGGACUUCAUUGGCCGCCCGCUGCGCCUCCACGUCUACAACAACGAAUAUGAUGUCACGCGUGAGGUGACGAUACAGCCCAGCCGCGAAUGGGGCGGCAGCGGCGCCAUCGGCUGCACGCUCGGCUACGGCGCGCUGCACCGCCUGCCCGCGGCACUGAGCGAGCCCGUCGAUGCCCCCGGCGAGACCAUGUUUGACGGCGGCAACGAGAAGGCGGCCAUGGCGGCCGCGGCGGGUGGCGGCGCGUUUGUGCCCGCAGACGCUGCUGCGCAGGGGAGCAGCGGUGGCGAUUCGUCCUUUUUGGUGCCGGCGCAGCUGGUGGACCGCACAGCGUCGCCGGCGGGCGGCCCCCCCAGAGGAGGCAAGAAGAAGGAGAAGCCAGCGCAUGGAAACAAUAAUCUGAUGGACGAUUACUUCAAGGAAGAGGAGGAAAAGAGCCGCAAGCUAGACAACGCGCCCGCUUCGAAAUCAGCUGGUGUCCCGCCACCUCCCAAGGCCGGAGACGGGCCACCCAGAGACGCAGUGCAAACACCACCGGCCGCUGAGGGCAGCGCAUGA